CGGAAAAGUAGGAUCAUGUUGGUCAUCGUCACUGAAUUCUUCCUGGGAGAUGGACAUCAAAGGGCCGUGUUUUUCCACCUGCUGAUGUUUGGGCCGAGCCCAUAUAAAGAGGGAGGACGAGGCUUCGCCGCUUGGAGCGGAGACAGAGGACACACAGGUGCAUCGCUGCAAGGUUCAUCUGAGGCAAGGAGACUGCUUUUAAUUAUGAAGUGGCUUGUAGCGUCUGCGUUCGUCCUGUGCGUCCUGGUGCCAAAAGCGCAGAGUGCCUCAGACACUGUUGUGUGGUGUUAUCACCUGCCAUCCUGCAAUUACACCACCUGGCCAGUAAUCGCCGCUCCGUUUUGCAACGGCACCCGACAGUCACCCAUUGACAUAAACACAUCAAAUGUCACAGAAAAUGCCAACCUGGGAGCGUUUACUUUUCACAACUACAGCAGCACCAGCGCCUUGACGAAGAUUGAAAACACCGGCAGGACAAUCAAAGUCACCAUCGCCGACGGGGUCGGGGUGUCUGGAGGGGGUCUGGGUGAGCGUUACGACAGCCUGCAGUUCCACUUGCACUGGGGAAAUGGCACCGCUGUCCCCGGCUCCGAGCACACCGUGGAUGGGAAGCAGUUUGCCAUGGAGUUGCACAUUGUGAACAGCAAGGGGUCUUUGAAUGGGAACACAACUCUGGCUGUCGGAGACCCAUCCGGACUUGCUGCACUUGGUUUCUUCAUUGAGCCGCUGACUGGCAGUGCAACAGGAAUGCCAGACAGCUGGAGGAAUUUGACUUCCUACUUCCAGAACAUCACAAUGAGUGGUCAGUCGGUCACCAUAACCCAUCCUAUCUCCCUGGAUUCCCUCCUCAAUGGAGUGUCUCUUACCAACUAUUACCGCUACAAUGGCUCCCUGACCACCCCUGCCUGUAACGAGGCCGUGGUGUGGACCGUGUUCAACGAUACGAUCAAAAUCAGUGAAGAUCUGAUCAACCUCUUCAGCCAAGUGGUGCGAAUCAACGACAGUACGUCACCUCUGAUGGUCAACGUGUACAGGGGGGUCCAGUCGCCGCUGCCCGUCCAUGUGAACCCCCGCGACACCGGCACUGGUAGUGGCGGUGGCACGAGCUCUCAUGCCCUCAGCAUCUGCUCCUCGCUGGGCCUGCUCCUGUUCGGUGUGAUGCUGUCGAGGGUUUAAAGCCCAAAAGGGGGCAUCAAAGCCGAGGCUGCUGUCUCAUCGCGGAAACGUUUCUUUUUUUGGCUGCCUUUGCUCUUCGUGGUCAAGCCUGACUGCCUUUCUUGGUUUUUUUCCGAGCUACGGUAAACAGUUUUGUUGAAUUAUGAAGCUAUUAUCAAAUCUGUGUUGUGCGAAUCAACGCCUCCCUUUGCAUUAGAGAUUUACAUUUGUGUUUGAAGCUAUAAACAGCAGAGUUGCAACACCAGUCUGACUUGAGCCACAUUCAGAUAUCUGCAGGAAGUACAUGUGCACAAUGUUUACCGGUUUCAGAAACGAAGUCCAGGAACAGCCUCAGCAUUUGAGUGGAAGUCUACCUUGAUGUUUGGAUGUAUCUGUUGGCCUGCUGUUGCAGAAUACGGCAAUUUUAUUGUACUUCAGUGUUUGUGUUACUCUGUUUUGCCGCAUUAUUAUUUUUAUUUUUUAUCAGUGGAGACACUACUGGAGCUGAAAUGUACACUCAGUGCUAUGAUUUUGGUGCAGUGAAUGAUUUCAUGAUUUCACAAAAUCAGAAGAGCAUCAUUAUUUUCACAGUCGGGUGAGCCACACGUAUGCCUUCAGAUAUUGUGUUGCACUUACAUUUACUGAUUUGAAUCAUAUUCAUCAUCUUGGAUUUUGGAACAACUUGGCUUCAAAGAUGUACAACAAAGGCAGAAAAAAAAAACAAUGGAAAAGUCUAACAGAUUAUUUUUGUUUUAUUUUGAUAUGAUUUAUUGCAUAUGGAGUCUAAAGUCCAUGGAGGUGCCAUUGUUGCAUAUUGUGUUUUAAAUAGUAAAACAAAAUGAUAGUUGCAGUUUACUUCACUAUUUACAACUAUAGGAACAUAAUCAAAGCUAUAAAUACAAAUCAAAGCCUCCCAGAAUAAUGUGAAUGUCCUGUGAAAAAAUAAAAUGUAAGAAUUAACUACAUAUAUCAGAAAUAAACAGAUGAGAAAACUGUUUGA